GUCCCUCCUUCCCUCUGUGCUCCAUUGCUUUCGACGGAAGAGAGCUCAGGUGGAAAGAGAGUCCACGAAGCUGGGUGUUGUAAAAAGGCCGAGACGUGAUCGGCUCUUCCCCCGCUUAGUGGACACAGUUUGGCAGCGAUUCGAACCCUCCGUCAACGGUCUUCCUCACAUCGCCUGGGCUUUCUCGACCGAGCACCACCAUGGGAAAUGAAGCCAGCUACCCUCUGGAAAUGUGCACACAUUUUGACCCGGACGAGAUCAAGCGUCUGGGGAAGCGCUUCAAGAAGCUGGACCUUGACAACUCGGGGUCGCUCAGCGUGGAGGAGUUCAUGUCGCUGCCUGAGUUACAGCAGAACCCUCUCGUGCAGAGGGUCAUCGACAUAUUCGACACGGACGGCAACGGAGAAGUGGACUUUAAAGAGUUCAUUGAAGGAGUGUCACAGUUCAGCGUCAAAGGCGACAAGGAGCAGAAGCUUCGAUUCGCAUUCCGGAUCUACGACAUGGACAAGGAUGGCUACAUCUCCAACGGCGAACUGUUCCAGGUGCUCAAGAUGAUGGUGGGCAACAACCUGAAAGACACACAGCUGCAGCAGAUUGUGGACAAAACCAUCAUCAACGCCGACAAGGACGGUGAUGGCAGGAUAUCUUUCGAGGAGUUCUGCGCGGUGGUGGGCGGCCUGGACAUACACAAAAAGAUGGUGGUGGACGUGUGAGCGCACCCCCACCUCUCUUCUCGACCCCCCUCCAGCUCGCUUGAGUCUCCCUGCCCUCCUGAGUUCUCCUGGACGCUCGCUUCCUUCGCCUUGUCCAGCAAAGUCAAGAAAAAAAAA